AUGGCUUCCUCAAUUGACCAUAAAUGGAAACGAGAUGUUUUCUUGAGUUUUAGAGGAGAGGAUACCCGUAAUAACUUUGUAGGUCAUUUACAUGCUUCUUUGGAGCGUUCAGGUAUUAACACAUUCAAAGAUGAUCAGAAUCUUCAGAGGGGGGAAGAAAUUUCUUCAGCACUUCUCACAGCAAUUCAAGAGUCAAGAUUUUCAAUUGUCAUAUUAUCUAAAAACUACGCAUCAUCUACAUGGUGCUUGAAGGAGCUUGUUAAGAUUGUUGAGUGUAGAUCAAAGGGCCAAACUAUUUAUCCCAUUUUUUAUGAUGUUGAUCCAUCAGAAGUACGUCAUCAUAAGGGAAACUUUGGAGUAGCGUUGGAAAAUCAUGAGCGAACAUUAAUCAAGCCUGAUCUUGAGAAGGUACAAAGCUGGAGGUUAGCUCUAACUGAAGUGGCCAAUUUGUCUGGUUGGGAUACAGCGAAAAAAAAGUCCGAAGCAGAGGUCAUCCAAGAAAUUGUUCAGCGCAUUUCAGAGCAAAAACUGAGCAGUACAAAAAUAAGCAUUGCUAAACACCCAGUUGGAAUAGAAUCUCACGUGCAAGAGAUUAGCAAGCUUUUGGCUAUUAACCCAGAGGAGGUUCGCAAGGUAGGGAUUUAUGGGUGUCAAGGAGUUGGAAAGACAACCAUAGCGAAAGCUAUAUAUAACCGGCAUGCUAGUCAAUUUGAUGGUUGUUCCUUUCUAAUGAAUGUUAGAGACAAGUCCAAAGUUCAAUAUCAAAUGGUCGAACUACAGGAGUUGCUUCUUCAUGAGAUCUUAGGGGAGGAUAUGAAAUUGGGCAAUGUAGAUACUGGAAUUACUGUGAUUAAGGAAAGACUUCGCCAUAAAAGGGUCCUUAUAGUGAUUGAUGGUGUCGAGAGUACAGAUCCAAACCCUUUAGACAAAUUGGCUGGAGGACUGGAUUGGUUUGGUCCUGGAAGUAGAAUCAUUUUAACAACGAGAGAAGAAAGUGUGUUGAAGACUCAGGACGAUGUUCCUUCAAUCUAUCCGGUGAAGACGAUGGGUCAAAGUGAUGCUAUUCAGCUCUUUAGUUGGUAUGCUUUUAAAAAAAACAAGCCUGAGGUGGAUUACAUGAAACUUGUAAAAGCUGUAGUACGUCACAGUAAGGGCCUUCCAUCAGCUCUAGUAAAAUUGGGUUCAGAUUUGUGCUCUAGAAGCAAGGAUUAUUGGAAAAGUGAAUUAUCAAAAUACAAUGCAAUUGAAGGAGAAAAUCACGACGACAUUUGGAUUAGGAGACUAAAUGACUUGGUCGAGAGACACUAUAAUGAUGAAACAGGAGAAAGGCACCCUAGUUUGCUACAACUUCUCAAUGGAACUUUGGAAUCCCCUUCUAAUAAUGUGCACGUCCCUAAUUUCAACAUGAAUGCACUAGAGCAGUGCGAUGAUGUAGAUUGGAAUGAUGAUUUUGAUUUACAGUCAAUCAAAUUUGAGCAAUCUGCUGAAGAAACCUCACUCCCAGAUGCAGAUGAGAUUAGCAAGCAAGGGAUGAAAGCUUGGGAAGGUCAAAAUGAAAAUCCAUAUGCUGGCGCAACUCAAGAUGUUGAAAAAGGAGAGCAAUGGAGGAAUGCUUCGCAAGGUGGAAAAAUGACGACGAAGAUGACAACAACGAUGAACACAACGAUGAUGAUAAUGAUGGGCAAGGUGCAAGCGAAAGCCCAUAUUAUGGUGGACCUACAGAUCAUGGCGUUGCUGGGCAAAGUGGAAACUAUAAUCUAUACUAUGGUGGAGCUAGAAAUGAUGAUGAUGCUGGGCAAGGUACAGGCGAAAAGCCAUAUUAUGGUGGACCUACAGAUCAUGGUGGAGCUAGAAAUGACGACGACGACAAUGACAACGACGAUGAACACAACGAUGAUGAUGGGCAAGGUGCAAGCGAAAGCCCAUAUUAUAGUGGACCUACAGAUCAUGGCGUUGCUGGGCAAAGUGGAAACUAUAAUCUAUACCAUGGUGGAGCUAGAAAUGCUGCUGCUGAAGAUAAUGAUAAUGAUGGUGAUGGUGAACUUGAAGAUGAUGAAGAUGCUAACAAAGGUGAAAACAAAAAUCAAUAUGUUGAAAGAGAGGAGUAUUGGGAAGAUUGACUGGGAGGAUCGUGGAAUAAGACUCGGAGUGUUCGUCGCCAGUAGAUGUUUCAAUUCUAGUUCUAAAUAUUGUGAUAUUGUCUUAAUUAUGGAAUAA